AACGCAACGGCGUGGGGGAGGGACGGCCGUGUGUGUGUCUGUGUUGUUGUUCCGCGGCGGCGGCGGCGGCGGCGGUAAGAUGGCUGCCCACGGGGGCUCCGCGGCGGCGUCGGCGCUGAAGGGGUUAAUUCAGCAGUUCAUGGCCAUCACCGGUGCAAGUGAAAGUGUAGGAAAACAUAUGCUUGAAGCUUGUAACAACAACCUGGAGAUGGCGGUCACUAUGUUUUUGGAUGGUGGAGGAAUUGCUGAGGAGCCCAGUACCAGUUCAGCAAGUGUCUCUGCAGUCAGACCACACACAGAAGAAGAAGUUCGUGCCCCAAUUCCUCAAAAGCAAGAAAUAUUGGUGGAGCCAGAACCUUUGUUUGGUGCCCCUAAAAGACGAAGGCCUGCACGUUCAAUAUUUGAUGGUUUCCGAGAUUUUCAAACUGAAACUAUUAGGCAAGAACAGGAAUUAAGAAAUGGAGGAGCAAUAGAUAAGAAACUCACCACCCUUGCAGAUCUGUUCCGGCCCCCAAUUGACUUGAUGCACAAAGGCAGCUUUGAAACAGCCAAAGAGUGUGGCCAGAUGCAGAAUAAGUGGCUGAUGAUAAACAUUCAAAAUGUACAAGACUUUGCAUGCCAGUGCCUCAACCGUGAUGUGUGGAGCAAUGAAGCUGUGAAGAAUAUUAUCCGGGAACAUUUCAUUUUCUGGCAGGUUUAUCAUGACAGUGAGGAAGGUCAGAGAUACAUACAGUUUUAUAAAUUAGGGGAUUUCCCCUAUGUUUCCAUCUUGGACCCACGGACAGGUCAGAAGCUAGUAGAGUGGCACCAAUUAGAUGUGUCUUCUUUCUUGGACCAAGUAACAGGGUUUCUGGGUGAACAUGGGCAACUGGAUGGACUUUCUAGCAGUCCCCCCAAAAAAUGUGCCCGAUCAGAGAGCCUCAUAGAUGCCAGCGAAGACAGCCAGCUGGAAGCCGCCAUCAGAGCCUCUCUGCAGGAGACACAUUUCGACUCAGCACAGGCAAAGCAGGAUAACCGCUCAGAUGAAGAAUCUGAAUCGGAACUUUUUUCUGGCAGUGAGGAAUUCAUAUCGGUUUGUGGCUCUGAUGAAGAAGAGGAGGUAGAGAAUCUUGCUAAGUCCAGAAAAUCUCCUCAUAAAGAUGUGGGGCACAGAAAAGAGGAGAACAGAAGGCCACUGAUGGAGCCCCCAGCCAGAACUGAGCCUGGCACAGCCACAAACCAUCAAGGGUUGCCAGCCAUGGACCCUGAGCUCUUGGAGAUGUCACCCGAAAAGUCAGAUGGAAUAGUGGAGGGGAUAGAUGUCAAUGGACCAAAAGCACAGCUAAUGCUACGGUACCCAGAUGGAAAAAGGGAGCAGAUCACUCUUCCAGAGCAAGCUAAACUGCUGGCUUUGGUGAAGCACGUCCAAUCUAAAGGAUAUCCAAAUGAACGUUUUGAACUUCUUACCAAUUUCCCUCGGAGGAAGCUCUCUCAUCUGGACUAUGACAUUACCUUACAAGAGGCAGGCCUCUGUCCUCAAGAGACUGUCUUUGUACAGGAAAGAAAUUAACACCAUGACCUGACCUCUCUCAGCUUACCCCUUCUUCCCUUUUCCUGUGAGAUACCAUGUCCCUAAGUAUGCAUUUUGGCUCAUAGGACUAUAGAGCCAAAACUGGACAAGCAAGUCACCUGCCUUUCCUUUAUUUCUUUCUGUCACCUGCAAUUAGUGUCUCUCCUGCUUCUCUUUCUCCUCUUUUCCUCUGUGAUUUUCUUCUUUUUCUCACUUUUUUUCUUAUCACAUGUGACCAAAUGAAAGUGUAAAGAUAAGGAUAAGAUCUCUCCCAGUACUGGCAGCAGAAAUGUGUGUUAUAAUUGGUCUCUUUUGUGGCACCUUUUUGGUAUCUAGUGAUGUUAACCAUAGACUCCUAUGACAAAGAAUGGCUAGAAUCAGAAUUUAAAAACAACCCCAUUUUUGGUAGGUAAAAGAAAUUGUUCUUCAUAUAAAAAGGUCUCUUAAUAAGAUAUCCAGGCUUUUGUUUAUGUGGGAGAUGAUCCCCUUAUACUAUUGCUCAUCAUAUUUAAAAUUUCCCUCCAAGAUUCCCAUCUUCCAGUUACAAGAGUUAUUUCCAUGAUGUGUGUUAUUGGCAGAAUGAGUGCUUAGUGUAUUGUAUAGCCAGGGUGGCUUUCAGUGUUCUAACCUGAGACAGUUUUCUUUAUUAUUGCUCUAUUAGUUAUAUUCCUCUUUCCAGUCCUGGGAUGAACCUUUAGUGAGCAUCUUGUAUCUGGGCUUGGUAGGAAGGUGCUUGCUGUUUUUGCCUGCACAGCCAAUUAGUUCCUUUGUUUUCAUUGUCUGAGUCUGUAGUGUUCUGUAGGAAGGCAGGUGUUCAAUAAUCAUGUAGUACAAUGGCUUAUAAUUGUAAACACUAUGGUUAUUGAUUGUCCUAUGUGCUUAAGGCAUACUUAGGUAUGUCCCGGGGUUGGGGGGGGUGGGCAGGGUGGGGUAGCCUGCAGCUGAGAGUUGCUAGAUGUUCUUUUGGUUAGAAAUAGUGAUUUUGUUUACCCCCAAUUGGAAAUACUCUAAAGUGCUCUGGUAACUAAAUUCCUCAUGUUCUUUUAUUCUAUAAAAUUUUAAAACUGAAAGUCUCUGAUAGGAAGACCUUAAAACCCAGUUCAUGAGACAACAGUUAGUAAGAAGGACAUUACCAGUAACCGUCAGAUGUGAGUCUUUUUCUGCCAACAAGUCAACAUUCAAGUUGUAUUUGGUGAAAGCUUUUUUUCAGUAUUAUUUAGAAGAGGCCACCUGAGUUUAUAUAGCACUAUAUUAUCAUCAGCUUUACUCUGUGCUCAGUUCUUUCUUGAGCUUUUAGAUAGAGUGCUCCAGCAGAACAGUAGUGAUUGGUGGGAAAAUAAAACUUGAAACUGCUUAUAAAACCAUUUCUAUAGGAUUGACCUGUCUUGUCAAUUGGAGAUUUCGAUUGAUUCUUGUACUUGAGGAACAUAAAUUGUGAUUGCUCAGAGACCUUUGGGUUCCUGUGUCCUUGCAGGUUGCUCUCUUGGUAACUAGGGGUUAAAAAGAUAAGCUAAGGGAUGUGGUAUGUUUCUAGUGUGCGAUGGUAGAAUAUGGUUGUUAAUGGUUGGAUUUUGAGGGACCUCCCUAAAGAAUGGGUUAUGUAUCUCCUCAAGGAAAUCAUGGGAAAUUCUGUUAUUUUUCAGUGAGUCCUUUUGAAUUAAUGUUCUUACAUUUUUUUCUAAGUCUGUGUAAGUGCUUAUGUAUAAGUAUAUAAUUGUAUAAAUAUUUAUAAAUAUAUUUAUAUAAUUACAAUUUCAUUUAUACUUUUGAGUCAAAGUUCUCUCUUUAGAUUGGUGACUGAAUAAUACCACUUUGGUGUUUUUAUAGCGCUUGAGGCUUAACCAACAGUUUGGAUUUAUUGAGCAAGCAUGGUAAUUCCUCAGUUGUAGCUUUGAACUUGAAUAAAAACUGACUGAGGAAUGGAGCUGUGUACUCUCAAAUGUACAAAACUAAUAGUCAAGGAAAGCAGCCUAAAGCCUCCGGGAGCCCCAGGGUAAAAGUGAGAGCAUUCUCAGCUUUGCUAUGCUGGCACCGUCUCCACUCCUAGCAUAAGCCCAGCUAAAGCCCAAACCAGUCAAGAGUUGUCCCUUCCAGGACUCUGCCUCAUUCUCUAUAGAGUAACCUGUCUUGAGAACCUGAGGCAGGAUGUUGAGAGUGAGAGGGUGUAUGCAGUUCUUUUUUUUUUUUUUUAAAUAUACUUAGCAUUGGCAAAUCCAUUUAUGAGAAAUUAAGAUGACUGAGUAUAUAUGUGUGUUAAGAGACAAGGCACUACACAUAUAUCAAGCUUAGUAAGGAUGAUGAGCUGUGGGGGACUUUACUCAUUUUGACCAGGAUUGGCCCAUGGGAGGAAGAGUUAUAGAUAUACAUGAGAAAAAUAAAUGGAAAUAUUGCCUUGCUCAAGUAUUUAGUUUAUGUAAGAAGUUUGUCUUUGUUCUUCUGCAUGUUGUUUUUCUUUCAAGGGGGAGCUUUUACUGGACAGUCAAAUGAAGUCUGUGUUAGUUAAACAUAGUGAUUCCCUAUAGGUAGUAGACAUAGCUCAGAAGUUUUUAAAGUAAGGAGGAAAGGGACAAGAUAAACUUGAGAGUGACAUAUAAAGAAAGGGAAUGAAAACUUGUGAAAGAAAUGCUGUCUGAACGUGAGCACAGUACCAGCUGAGGGCAGAGCAGGACUGGUUGUGGGUAGCUAGCGUGUGCUGUGUGAGACAUGUGUGUGUUUCCUCCUUCAGUCUUCAUGCAAUCCCUACACAGUAUAUUCUACUCAUUUAUAAAUGAGGAAGAAAACUGGAAUUCGUACAGCUUGUUCAACAUGUCAUUACUGGUAAGGGUCACAUUAAAAUUAGAGCCCAGAGUCUGUUCUCUCACCCUUGUGUGGUAUGUUAUCCCACGUCAGUUGGAGUCCCUUUAUUAUAAUAUAUUAUAACAAUAAGGUCAUCUUAUUUUUCAGCUUUGUCAGCUAAAGGUUUUUGUUUCCUUAAAGCUGGAAGGGAUAGUUGGGGUCAAGAUUGUGGGAUUUGUACUAUCCCUAUAAAAUCUUAAUUAUGCCAUUUUUAACAGACAGUUAUCCAUUGUUUUUUAAAAAUAAUUCAGUAAGGAAAAUAACUGCAGCAUUAUUUGCCAAGAAUAGAUGGAAACCAUAGAAAGAUUUUUUUUUAAAAAAAGAAGAUACAAUUAUCUUUUCUGAUAGGUUAUUCAUGAUAGGUUAUUGAACAACCUUUGUUUUUAUAUCUUUUUGUUUUGUCCUGCAUACAACUCUACUGUAUUAGCACCCUAUUGAGUCUGUAGUCUACAUCGGAAAUAUUUUGAAAGCUAAGAUCUCUUUGAACUGUUUCAUCCAAUUAAGGAAUCAUCUGUAUACAUGGAUAACAGCAGGAAGGUGAGUGUUACCCCUUUCAGGGUUGAACUGUGAUAAUAGGAACUCAGGAGGGAAGGAUCGUGUAGGUUUAAUUAGGGAUGUUCUCCCAGGUGCUGUGGCUCAUUCUUGACUGCCUCUUUAAAAUACUAGAUUUGAAGCAUUAAGUUUAUCCGUAAGUAAAGACCUUUGUCCAAGUAAUAAAGAAUUUUAAACUCCAGUACUAGCAGUUCUUUAAUUAGCAGGAAUCUCACUUGAACACUAGAGAAAAAUACCAGAGGGCUCCUGAAAAAUUAAGGCAGGAUUUCUCUCCUUGGGUACAAUUCAUGGUGUUUGAUCAAAUUCAUGGUGUUUGAUCUUGGUGGGCUUAGUACACUUGGGUAACAACUUUGCUUCUUGUUAUCUUGGCAAGCUACUUUCCUUCUCUGACUCUAGAAUUUCUUGUUUGAAAAACAGAAUCGAGAAAAAAGAAAAACAGAAUUGGACUAGAUUAGUUCUGUCUUUUCAAGUCAGAGGACUUUAGAUGUUUUUAAGUUUUGACAUGAGUGGAGAAGGAUAGGGUUAACUACUAGUAGAAUUAACCUCAUGGAGGAACUGUGCCUGGAAUCAUAACCCUUACAGAUAAAAAUAUCCCCAAAGUAUUAUGCAUCUGGUCUCUCCCUUUUUCAUUCUCAGACUAAUUAAAGUGUUAAAACUGUACUUGUUAAUCAGUUCCUUUCAUUUUUUUCCUGUGUCCAAGUAUCUUUUACCCAAUCUCUUAUAGACCUCACUGUGAUGAUGAAAUCACAGAGUACAGAAUACAGAUCUAGUGAUCUUGAAACAGCCAGUUACCUUUUAAAAGCUUAAUGCUGUACGCCUACUGAGUUUUAAGAAUGACUGAAAUGUGAGUGUGAAGCAGGUGUCUCCAGCACUGGAACUGAAUUUGUGUGCUUUAAGCUAGACUGGCUCAGCAGUUGUGUAAGUUGGGAAAUUCACACUUGGUUUGGGCAGAUGUGACCUUUUCAAUUUUCCAUUAAGCUGAUGUUUAAAAUAGUUCUUGUCCUGUAGAGGGGAUCUUUGUAGUGUCACACCGUUUAGAGAUCAUUUGUUUACUUCCUUAAUAGUAAAUUAUGGAGUACAAAUUUAUGAGUAAUGCCUUGCGUAAAACUAAAACUUGAAAAGUAAUGAGGAUAGGAAGAAUCAGCCUCUCGGGCCACACUUUUCCAGCAGCUUCAGCCUUAAUGAGUAGGCUGCUGCUUUCAGUCUCUACCACCUGAGGAACCACUAUCCUUGAGCAGAUACCUAAAGGCCAUUGGGCGGUGAAUGAAUAUUCAACAUUAUUGGUUUGCCUUACUUGAUAUUUCAGUUGUUUACUAUGAAACUCAGAAUCCCUAGUUCACAUUUUAGAAUGGGGCGGGAAUGUUCUUUAGACCUCAAAAUAACCAAAGAGUACCAUUCUAAUAUAUUGAUUUCUCCUGUAAUACAAAGAUUUAAUAUUUCAGUGAUGAUUAUUUGUAUUUUAGACUCACCUUCGUGUUAGUCCCAGUAAUGAGACAGCUUAGAAUUAAGAGGUAUUUGGUUUGUUUAUUUUUAAGAGUAGAGAUUAUUAUAGCCUUGGUUAGUUUCUCCAUUAAAGAACUUGGGUGCCUAGGUUAUUGGAUAUGAUGAAUCCCUGAAGUGAAACUACCUUUUAAUCUUUCUUCUCCAUUCUCUUUUUUGUCUUAUUUUGUUUCGUUUUCAAACGUUUAUGUAGUUCAGGCUAACCUCCCCCUCACCCAGGACACAGUUUCUGUAAGUAGUCUUGGCUGUCUGGAUCAGGCUGGCCUCUUAAGUAACUGUGUAGUUAAACAUAACCAGGAACCUCUGGGUCUUCCUUGGAUUACAGUUAGCCACCAUGCCUGUCUUUCACCUAAUUCCUCCAAAAAUUAGCGCGCUCUCUCUCUCUCUCUCUCUCUCUCUCUCUCUCUCUCUCUCUCUCUCUCUCUCCCUCCCUCCCUCCCUCCCUCUCUCCCUCCCUCCCUCUCUCCCUCCCUCCCUCUCUCCCUCUCUCCCUCUCUCCCUCUCCAGGGUUUCUCUAGCCUUGGAGCCUUUCCUAGAACUCACAACUCUCUAGACCAGGCUGGCCUCAAACUCACAGAGAUCCGCCUUCCUCUGCCUCCCGAGUGCUGGGAUUAAAGGCGUGCGCCACCACCACCCGGCUUCUCAUUUUUUAUUAAUUAAUAUAGAAGGGAAUAUAUUGAGGCAAAUAUGCUUUUUACAGCUUCUUUCUUCCUAAGGAGAAUUCACAUUCCAAGUAAGAGGAUGGCUGACUCUAUAAUAAGCCCCCCAGGGCACUUUGUUUAUUUAUAGAUUUUUGGUUGCCCUACCUAAACCUCACCAUUCUCUUAAAUAUUUUGGUUUUUAAAGACACAACUACUAAACCAGUACUUAGUUUAAAGCACACUCAAGGUUGGCCUUGAGCUCUUCUGGGGUUAUAUAAUACACCUGGCUUAACCUGAUGAAUUUUGGCUGUUUUUAAUACAGCCCUUACAUCAUAUAACCCAAAAUAAACUUGGGUUCUCCAUAUGUACUGAUUACUUGAUUAAACAUAGUGAAGAAGUUUACAGAAAUUUGCUUGUGGGGCUGGAGAGAUGAGCAGUUGUUCUUGCAGAAGUCCUGGGUUCAAGUCCCAGAAACCAUAUAGCAGCCCACAACUGUCUAAGUCCAAUUCUAGGGAAUCCAACUCUUCUGAAUCAGAAGCUGAGGCAGGAGGAUUGGUAGUUCCAUGUCAGUGUGAAGUUAUAUUCCAAGAUCUUGACUCAAAAAUAAAAUUCUCCUUGCCUCAUCCUUUAUUGAAUAUACCUGUACUUUACUGUGGCAUGUAUUUGUACAUCACAAUGCUCUUCUAGUUCCAGCUAAAUGCAGUCUAUCAAGAAUUAUAAUUAAAACUACUACAGUACCACAAAUAGUGACUGUAUGAACACAGGUCUUACUGCUCUGGAGGAAAAUAGUGAGAUGUGGAAUUACCAGUUUAUAUAGUGAGUUUAGGUUUGAUUUUAUAAGAAGCCAGAAAUUAUAGAGCCAGAGAUAUGACUCAGCACUUAAGAGUACAUGCUGCCCUUGCAGAGGACCUGGGUUUAUUUCCCUAUACCUACGUGGUAGGCCACAACCAUCCAUAACUAAAGUCCCAGGGAAUCUGAUGCCCUUGUCUAACCUCUGAGGCCACUAGGUAUGCAUGUGGUACACAAAUAUACAUUUAGGCAAAACAGUCAUACACACAAAGUAAAUAAAAUGAAAAAUUUGUUUUAGAGAACCAGUAAUAGUAAUUUGCCUAAGAACAACCACAUUAGAAGUACGGGAAGUUACAUCAUUGCAUUUAAUUCUUUGGCAGUUAUCAGCAGACCUUUAUUGUAUAAUGGUACUGCUACUAGCAAUUAAAUUGCUCUAAGGUUUUAUAUGCCUUAUAAGGUCACUUAGGUUUUCCAGUGGGAAGAAGAGCCCAGCUAAACAGGGUCAAUAGGUAAUGCCUAAUCACCUGUCUCCAAGAGAGAGAAAGUUACGAGCUGGUGUGUAUUCAGGAUCCUGGUUGGAUUCCCAAGCAUUACCAAGAACGGUUUUUAAUCUAGGAUAGCAAGAGUCAGUUAUUGAUUAUUAAAAAUUGGGGACUAUUUUAAGUGAGAAGUUCUGGCCUGAAAUUUUCCCUUUCUCAGAUUCCUUUUAAUUUUAUUCAUGGGCUCGUUUGGGAAUCUUAACUGAUAGGAACCAUUCACUCUUGUGCUGAUUUCUUUCUUGUGUCAAGAUUGCUGAUGUUACAGUGUGUGACCCCAGGAUGAAUUUCAAGCUAAUGACAGAAUACUUAUAUUCAGUUGGAUACCAUGUUUUCAACAAAAUGAGUUUAUGGUGUGCUUUUCUCACAAUUUUUUACCAAUAAAAUGUCAAAUACUAAAUGAUGUGAUUCAAAAUGCAAAUAGGCUUAUGAAGCUAAUCAUAUACUUCUGUCUGUGUUGUUGUGCUGCCUCCA